AUGGUUGCCUCAUAUGUUGGCGAGAACAAGGUGUUUGAACACGCAUACUUGAACGGCGAUCUUGAAGUUGAAUUGGUUCCCCAAGGAACGCUUGCAGAAAGGAUCCGUGCAUUUGGGGCCGGCAUACCGGCAUUUUAUACGCGAACAGGCGUUGGGACGGUCGUCGAAACGGGAGAAAACGCAGUCAGAUAUGCGCCGUCUGGAGAUGUCAUUGAAUUCUCAGAGCCUCGAGAGACCAGAAACUUUAACCACAUCAGCUAUGUGAUGGAAAAGGCUUUAGGUGGCGAUUUUGCACUAAUCAAGGGAUGGAAGGGGGACUCUCUAGGAAAUGUGAUUUUCCGCAAGACAUCUCGGAAUUUCAAUCAGGUUAUGGCCAAGGCCGCCAAGGUUACCAUUGUUGAGGUAUUGAUGCUUUUAUUGUUCGUGGGUUGA